GCAUGUAUGUAUGUGCGUACGUAUAUGUAUACAUAUAUUUAGCACACAUACUCAUACCCACCACACGUACUCACUCGCACCACUCACGUAACACAUCUGCCAUGUAUACUUUAACAUAUACUUUCAGAUCACCUACUGGAACAGAUGGGAAGCUGACCCCUUAGUGACCGGGGUUUCAUAUCCUGGCCAAAGAAGUUGGGGCCUAAUAACUGGCCUCAGGUAUUAUGAUUCCGAUCAUUACAUGUACGUCCAGGUAUACAACAGCGCCGGGCCUGGCCCUCCAAGUAGAAGGGCAACUAUUACAACUAAAGGUGAAGCCCCACUUUUAUACCCACGGAUUAUUCGAGUCAAAAGCCACGGGCCUGACACCGUUAAGGUUACUUGGAGAGGAAUAUCAACUGGGAACACCGAGGAAGCUUUGAAAGGUUACAAGGUUCGCGUGUGGGUACUGAAUAAUGACAUCAGAACGGCACGUGACUACUUAAUGCCACGUGAUACAAAUAUGGGUAUAAUUCACGGUAUACGCAAGGGUGUCCUCUACAAUCUAAGAGUGCUUGGUUACAGUAACGGAGGGGAUGGAAAGCUAAGCCCCAUGAUCGUUUUCACACUGGGUGGAGAGGUGCCUGUAGACUUAACAAUGGCAGAUAUACUGGCAGGAACCAGCCGUCUUCAGAUCUCGCUCCAUUUUAUAGUAUACAGUCUGUGUAUAGCCAUGAUGAUUAUAUGAACUUGGCAACAUCACCACCACCACUACUAUCUCCACUUUCACGCUUACAACUUCGCCAAGUUUGCCACAGGAAUAAAAGAAUUUUUUAUUUCAAGAAUAAAAAAUAAAGAGAAUUAUUCUUUUGCGCCUGAAGUAAGCAAAACCAUAAGCAUAUCUAUAAAUAAUAAUAACAAUUAAUAUUUCAGUUCGCCUCCUUUUCCUCCUCCCCCCGCCACUUCUCUAUUCUUUGGUAUUUUCAUGUCUGCUGAGAAAUGACUGACUGUUGUAAUUAGUGCAGAAGUCAUGAACGUAUACACACAUACACACACAUGUAUAUACACACACACAGAUAUAUAUAUAUAUAUAUAUAUGUGUGUGUGUGUAUGUGUGUGUGUGUGUGUGUGUGUGUUGUUUGUGUGUGUGUACAUGCAUGUGUGCGUGUGCGUGCGUG